AUGUCGACGAGCAAAAGCAAGCAUCGAGAAUGCAACAACGAUCGUCCCAUCAAAAAAAAAAUCGUGAAGCCAGAUGAGCAGUCAGAUGACCAGACCGGGGACAGUCCGACAGCGCCGAGUCCCGAGCAGGCACAGAGUAAUGCUCAAUUGGAUUUAUUAGCGUUUCUGAACACGCUCGAGGAGGUGCCACACGAUCUAGAGAGCAUUUGUCCGUCAGAGACCAUCGUGCUGGCGGAUGGGGUCACGCGCAUCGAAGUGAAGCCGCUAUUGCCACACAUGUCAGCCAUGUCGGCCAUGUCAUCUCUGCCUUCCAUGUCAUCCUUGCAUUCCGUGCCCGUGCCCACUUUACCACCCGUGCCCGCCAUACCGCCCGUGAGCAAAGUGAAGCCCGUUGCGCCUCCUGCAUCGAAGCCGCCGCUGCAAACGCUGCUGAGCCACCAGUUCACCCACAAGCUGCAUCUGGCGGCGAGCAGCGAGCGCGUGCAGUUCAUCAAUUGGACGACGGACGGUAAGCAUUUGCAGCUGGACUAUGUCGGGCUGCAGGAUCAUCUGACCGGCAGCCAGUGCAUGUUUCGCAGUCGCAGUGUCUUGCAGUUCACCCGCCAGCUGACGGACAUGGGCUUCGAGCGGACGCUGCUGGAGCAGUCGGAGCAGGAGCUGGAGCACGGCGGCCGGCUGCAGCUCUACUACAAGCAUGAGCACUUCGAUCCCUACCAUUCGGAGCAGCUGCUGCUGAUACCGACGCCACAGACUGAGCGACAGCCAACGCCAAAGACGCAGAGGACGCGCCCUGUCAGUUUAUCCAAAGGCGGUGCCCAGGAGGCGGCGCAUCGGAGCGGCUAUACGCCGCUGCAGCUCGCCCGCUUUCGCUUCCACACCCUGCUGAACUACCACAACGAUGUGCGGCUGCUGCAGGAGCGGGAGCCCAGCUCCGAGCAGCAAAUGCCACGACGCGGACGCAUCAGCAGCUGUCGACAGGCGGCGCAUUCGGCUCUGGCGCCGGCGCUGGCCUCCAAGCACAUGAAUCCGCGCGACUCUGUGCUGCGCUUCGAGGCCGGCAAGGUGCCCGACUAUGCUGGCUUCUAUGGCCCCGUGGAGCCGACGCUGAUCAGUGAGUUCUUUGCGGAGUAUCUGCCGCGCUAUGGCGCCAGCACCACUGGCUACAAGGACAUCGUGGUGGAUGCCAGCAAGGCCAACUCCUUCCAGCAGAACUUGCCCAUCGGCAUCGCCUACUCCGAGGAUGAGGAUGAGCUCAUCGAUCACGACAGACACGAGCCGAGCACGCCGAGUGCCGUGAGCGAACCGGAGCAAACGCAGGCGAGCGAGAGCUGCCAACUGCCACCUGAGGAUAUCGAGCUGGAGCAGGUCAUGCAGGAGCUGUGCGAGCAAGCGGACGGAGAUGUGGAUGUGGAGCUGGAGCUGGAUGCCGAGAAGAAGGAAGUGACGCCAGUCAAGCCCAAGCUCAAGCGAAAAAAGCUGGCGAGAAAAUGUGCCACAGCAGACACAGAGCAGGAGCAGGAGCGGGAGCAGAAGGAGCCCGUGGAUGAGCACUGCGAGGAUCUGCUGGAGGCAGCUGCUGCCGCUGCGGCCUGCAUCAAGGAAGAGGCCAAGGACAAGGACGACGACAGCAGCAGCAACAACGAAACGGACAAGGAACUGAAAUGCCAGCCAGCCUCAAAGAUGGGAGUCAAGCGACGUCGCUACGAUCUGCGCAACUCCAAGUCGAAACGAACUCGCUGAUAAAGCGAAAACCGUUGCCGCCCAGGUGAA